AUGAACCGGGUAUCCGACGUUUUCUCUACGAGGGGGGUGUUGGACUGGCCCGAACCUUCCAAGACGUAUCAAAAUAUGGAAUUACGAUUAGGGAUGUGGUACUGGAAAGAUGACACCAGAAGUCUUGAAUUCAGAAGUUUUACACCUACCAUGGAACUCAAGGAAAAAGGAAAGAGAGGCAAAGCAGUUCACUUUGCUGAAAUCGACGGUCCCGCUUCAGACAGGCUGACAGAUAAAAGAGCUGCAAGAGACGAUAAGUCAACUAAGGCUUUAGAGAAACGAGGUCUGCUUGGCAAUGUUACGCUAGAUGAUGCUAAAUUUGUUGCUUUGCUUUUGCUGCAAGAUACUGAGAUGCAGCGGGUCUGUUCUUUUACAACAUUUAUGAGGAAUAAGAAUCUUGAUAAUUUCCUCAUGGCUUUAUUGUACUAUUUAUCUCAUUUCCUGGAAAAAAACUCACUGGAAAGAAAGCCCAAAAGCUAUAUGGUGGGCCUCGUAGAAAAAAAAGAGAUGGAAUUGGUCCUAAGUAAGUUAGAAGCAGCGCAGAAGUACUUGGCACAGAAGUACUGUGUCCUGGUGCUAGGCGUGGGCAUGUCGGACAAGCAUCACAUGUGCUGUGGAAAGGAGAAAAUAUCAGAUACACAAAAAGACUGGAAAUUCUUUGAGUCCUUUUACACUUUCUGCGCGUAUGUGGCGUGGAUUGUUUUCCGACGUCAACACUUUACAGAGAUUGAGGAAGAGAUAGGGAGACUCUUUCGUACCAAUAUGUUCAACAUUCCCCGAAGGAAGCGUGAAGAUAAAGAAUCCGGAGGGGAGAAGAAACGCAUGACUUUCGUACAAUUCAGAAGAAUGAUGGCAAAACGCCCUGCAAUUAAAAAAGCCAUUAACAUGCGAUCUCCGGUCAUGUCUACUCUGCUGCCGUCUCUCAGAGAAAAAGCUCAGCUUGUCUUUGAGAAAAAGUAUCGUCAAGUAGGCUUCAAAAUCCCAGCCCAGACAAAGGAGCACACGGAGAGUCUGGGCUCUGUGUCCAUGCCAGUAGUUGGCAUUUUGGGAGAGCCUCGAUGUCUGUUCAACCCCCAUACCCUUCUUCCACUUGAAUUAGAAGAAAUUGUGACUCCAUCUGGGAGACAUUCUUCCCUGAUAGAAAGAAAUAACACGAGGAUUCAGAACACACUGGACUUAGUCAUGAAAGCACUGUCCUGCCCAGCAUGCCCUAAAUAA